AUGGAUAAGAGUAGUGAAGAACUGGAUUUGGAAAAGGACUAUCUGGAGGAAAUGGAGGCUAUAGAAGCUCUGGAAGCCAUGGGAACGCUAGAAUCUGCUCCGCCGUAUCCUGGCCAUGCAGGAGAUUAUGGAGGAAUAAACCUGGGCCACAACUUGGCUUAUAUCUCGUCUCCAUAUCCCAACGUUAACAUGGGGUACACCUCAUUCCCAGAGCCCGGAGGUAACACACACUUUCAGGGAGGUCCAAACCCAGGGACAUAUCCUCAAACUACCAGUCCAACUCAGGGGAUAUAUCCUCAAAUCAACAGUCCAAACCCUGGGAUGUAUCCUCAAGUGAACAGUCCAAACCCGUAUCCUCAAGCUACCAGUACAAACCCUGGGACGUAUCCUCAAACUACCACUGUCACGACUACAGUGAGGAUGCCCAACCUGAGUGAUUUACCUGCUCAAACCAUGUGUCCCCACUGUAAGCUCCAGGUCAUCACUAUAACAGAGCACUUCUCUGGACUAUCAGCCUGGGUGGCCUGCGGAUGUCUCGCCCUCAUUGGGUGUUGGCCGUGUUGUCUAAUGCCCUUCUGGAUGGACUCUUGUAAAGAUGUUGAGCAUCGCUGCCCAAACUGCAACAAUAUUUUGUGCUACUACAAGCGCCUGUGAUCUAGAAACAAACAUGUCCUUCUUAGUCGAACACAGGGGUGUCCAAACUCAUGGAGGGUCGGUGUCCUGC